AUGUCAGUAGUUGGAUCAUUAAUAUUUUGCACAUAUUGUGGAGACUUGCUAGAUUCUCAUAGUUCAUCAUCAGAUAUAACAUGUAAAGUAUGUUCAGCAUCAUACCCAAAAUCAAAAUUUGCAAAUUUAAAAGUUAUAACGAAAAGUUCAGAUGAUGCAUUUCCUUCAAAAUUAAAAUCUGCAAGAUCAGUAGUUAAAACUACUUUGAAAAAAGAUGAAUUAGAUGAUGGUGCAACUAUCAAGGAAAAAUGUCCUAAAUGUGGUAAUGAAGAAAUGCAAUAUCAUACCUUACAACUAAGAUCUGCUGAUGAAGGUGCUACUGUCUUUUACACUUGUACAAAUUGUGGAUAUAGAUUUAGGACUAAUAACUAA